UCUGAAGUUCUAAACAGUGAUUGUAAGCGAAACUCACGUGUAGUUUAUUUACAUGUUAUAAAUUAUUAAAUUUUUUGUAAUAUAUUCGAAUCGUACAAUAAAUAAAGAUGAAAAAAUCUAUUUUGUCAAAUUGUGAGCGAAAUUUUAUAAAUACGGCCAUACAAGAAAAUACGCGAUUAGAUGGAAGAGAUCUUUUCGAAGCACGACCUGUUGACAUUUAUUUUGGUUCUAAUUGGGGUUCUUGUGUUGUAUCUCUUGGAAAAACAAAAGCAAUUGCACAAGUAUCAUGCGAUAUCCAACAACCUAAAGCAUCUCGACCAAAUGAAGGUACAAUUUAUGUUAAUGUUGAGUUGAAUUCGAUAGCAGCACAACAAUUAGAAAAUAAUCGCCAAUCCGAAGCUGUUAUUCUAAUAAACAGACAAUUAGAAAAAUGUAUAAAAGAUUCCAGAUGCAUAGAUUUGGAAUCUUUAUGUAUAGUGGCUGACAAAAAGGUAUGGAAUUUAAGACUUGAUAUUAACAUUUUAAAUCAUGAUGGAAAUUUGAUUGAUUGUGCAUCUAUUGCUGCCCUUGCAGCACUUAUGCAUUUUCAUAGACCAGAUGUAACAUCAACUGGAACAAACAUUAUAAUUCAUAAAUUUAAUGAAAAAGAUCCUUUACCGUUGACGUUAUAUUUCUUACCUGUUUGCGUCUCGUUUAUAACAUUUGAAAGUGGAAUUACUGUCAUGGAUCCCACUUUUAUGGAAGAAAGAGUUGGUGUAGCACAAUUAACUCUUGGUGUAAAUUCAUAUAAUGAACUUUGCAGUUUACAUUUUGAUUACCUAACUAAAACAUUAACUGUUGAAGAUGUUAUAUCUGUAGCUUCAAGUUACGCAGCAAAAUAUGCAAAUAAGUUAAUACAACAAAUAAAAGAAGUAGUUACAAGAGAUAUAAGUUUAAGAUUUAGUAAAGAUAGUACUUACAGUUGUCAUAUCAAAGAAUUUAUAGUUCCAAACAAAAUAACUAGUAUGCAUAACGAUAAUAUCAGUAUUAAAUUAAAUAACUGGAAAAUUUGCGAGGAAUCUAAAAGUGAGGUUCUUGAAAAUAAUGACAAUGAAGAAUGCAAUCAUAUUGUGAAAGUAGGUGAAGGUUUUGCUGAAUUGAUCCCAGAUGAGGCUAAGGUAAUAGGAGAAGGUGGUCAUAAUGCGUGGUGUUUAUCUUCGGAAGAAGAAGAGAGUGAUAUUGAAAUUAUACCUGUAGAAAAAGCUUCAAAUACUGAAACUUAUAAAGAAGAAUCAGGUGACGAUAGCGAAGAGGAAGUUGUAGAAAUAAUUGAUAGUGUAGAUCUAGUGUAAUAUACAUAGUAAAAAUACAAGGUUUUUACAAAAAAUUCAUAUAUCUUACAAUAAUUUAAUAUCCAGAGAAUAAUAUAAUUAAAAUGUAUACU